AUGAUCCCCGUGGACCAUGACCUGCUUGCUCUGGACCUCCAUACCCUUUUUAAGAUGGCAGUGGGCGAAUAUCCCCUCGAGAUGAUCCCCGUGGACCAUGACCUCCUUGCACUCGACCUCCAUACCCUCUAUAAGGACGUGAACGUGGACUCUACUAUCCCCACCUCCACUGCGAUAAGUCGAGUCAUUUUCCUCGCCCUGUCUUCCGUGUUUGGCGUGCCACCAGUGCUGAAGGGCAAGGGCGUGGCAGCGCAGCGAGUGGCACAGGCCUUGAGUCAACUCAUGAAGGAACAGAAAUCCCACAUGGCACCGGUGGAGCAUCCAAGCGUGGACAUGAUGGUGCUGAUAGACCGACAGGUGGACAUGGUGACGCCAGCAUGCACGCAGCUCACAUACGAAGGGCUGUUCGAUGAGCUUCUGCACAUAGCAAGCACAGCAGGGAAGGAGGGUCUGGCAGUCAUGGGGCUUGCCCCUACAUUGCGCCUCUUCUGCUCUCUAUGUCCGUCUCAGCCUUGUACUCUUUCCUUCCCCACCUCUCCUCCACCCAGCUUCUGCACACAGCAAGCACAGCAGGGGAGGAGGAUCCUGCACGUAGCAAACGGAGCAGUGAAGGUGGAUCCGGCACAAAUGGAGCAGUGGAGGUGGACCCGGCAGUCAUGGGGAAUUUCUUCUUUGCAAUGCUUUCCUCUGCCCUCUAAUGUUCCCCUCUCCUUCCCCUCUCUCAUGUUCGCCUCUCCUUCCCCUCUCCUUCCCCUCUCUCAUGUUUGCCUCUCCUUCCCCUCUCCUUCACCCACCCAGCUGCUGCACGUAGCAAACAGGGCAGUGGAGGUGGAUCCGGCAGUCAUGGGGCUCCUGCGAGCCAAGGCAGUGGAGGUGAAGUCAGAGUUUGCCAACUUCAGGCAGAGGCUGCAGAGAGACGCAUCGCCACUGCACUCCGCUGCUCCGGGUGACCAAUCAGCUGCCUCUGCUGCUGGCGUUGGCGGGGGAGAGCAGGUGAGGUCAUGA